GGGGGGGGGGGGGUAAUGGCGGCCGGUAAUGGCGGAGCGGCGCUGAGGGGGGGAAGAGCAGCAGCCGCCCCGCACCGCCGCCAUCGCCAUCACCCUGCGCCAUCGCCCCGCGCCGCCGGCCGGCGGAGGGAGGGGAAAGGCGCCGCUUCCGCCGCAGCGGGGCGGGCCUGGGCGGAGAACGGCUGCGCGGCGGGCCCCGGUGCGGCCAUGGCAGCGAGUCCCAUCGUGAUGUCCAAGCAGCGAGAGGAGGUGGUACACGGGGUCCCGACAGAGGUGGUGUGCACGGCGUUCUCCAACUCCGUCCUCGUGGUGGUCACGCAGUACGGCAAGAUGGGCACAAUCGUCUAUGUGGACCCCAACACAGUGGGUGACAACGUGGGCAGGCCCUCGCUCACCACAAAGGUGCUGCUGGGCAAGGACGAGCCCCUCGUUCAUGUUUGUGCCAAAAACCUGGUGGCAUUUGUGUCUCAGGAAGCUGGGAACAAACCCGUUCUUCUCGCCAUGGCUUUAAAGGACAAGACCAUGGAAGGAAUACAAGCUCUACGGGAAGUGAUCCGAAGUUGCCAAGUGUGGUGAAGUUGUGCCAUCUGGAUUCAAGGAAAUGAUCUUGAGUCUGUGACUCAUCACCACCUAUUUAAAAGGACAAGAAAUGAAAAUGAUGGAAUGUCUUUGUGCUGGUUUUGGACGAACUGAGGAAUUUCAUGAAUUUUUCUCUACUGUGUAGAACAUUUGUGGGUUUUGUUACUGUGACAGGUUUGCAGUCCAUACAGUCAGUGAUGAGACGAGGGCAAUUGUCUCAACAUACAAGAGAAGUGUUAUUUUAAUCGCAUUGGGUGGGCUGUAUAUUUGGGAAGUGGCGUGGCUCUUGCAUUUGUAUCCUGAGGAGCGAUGGAUGCCAAGCUCUGGAGCUACACUGCACCGCAGAGGGGGAACACCCAGUGCAUGGUGAAUAAAAAGAAACAUUGACAAAUCUAA